ACAUCCUCCACUCUCUCUGAAGUCUGAACUCACCUAACCUUCAUUUAAUUCUCUUUCUCUCUCCUCAAUUUAAUCCCUUUUACUUCUACGUUUUUUUCUCCAAAGAACACAUUCUUAAUUGCUUUUUUUUUUUUUUUUUUUUUUUCUUUUCCCUUUUUCUUCUGACCCUUCAUCUUGUUCUCCUUCUUAAUUUUCUCUGUUUUUUCCCCUGUUUUUUCUAAAGAAAAAAAAUGGAGAAUUUACCAGUAGGGAAGAGAACAAGGAGUCAAAGAGCAAGAAUGUUGACUGAACAGAACAAAAAAGCGCGUUUGUCUGCAAAGAGAGAGUGGAGGAAGAAGAAGAAGAAGAAGGAAGGAGUUUCCGAAGGCGGCAGCGGAAAGAAAGAUGGGAUUUUGAGGGGGUUAAAGGAUGAUGAUGACGAUGAUGGUAAUGCAGCUAUGGUUAUUGACAAAGAAGAAUUUAUUAAAUUUAGUGAAUUAGAGGAGAAAUCAGAAAUUGAGGAAAUGGGUAUUGUAAAAAAAGAAGCUUUUGAUUUGAGUGAAUUGGGAAAAGUAUCAGAAAUUCAGAAACUGGGUUUUGUAAAAGGGGAAACUUUUGAUUUGAGUGAACUGGUCAAAGAAACAGAAAUUGAGGAAAUGGGUAUUAUUAAAGAGGAAGUUUUUGAUUUUGUUCAUCAACAAAAUGGACUGAAUGGGGAUGAGAGUGAUGAUUCGUUGCAGAUUUUAGGAGAGAGAUGGAAUCCUCUUGGGUUGAAUGAUGACAAUGAUGAUGAUGAUGAUGAUGAUGCAAAUGAUGAUGGAUGUAAUCAUCCUUUGGUUGUGGAGAUAAGUUCGGAUGAGGAUGGUGAUGAAAGGAAGGUUGAUGAAGUCAAAAAUGGUGGGAAAUCUGAGGAAAAAGAAGAAGAUGCUGUGAUUUCUGAAGAAUCUUCAAGUAGUAGUAGUUCUGAGGAAGAUGAUGAUAAGGAUUUUAUGGGUGAGGAGAGUGAAUCCUCUGAUGAUUCUGAUCAAAGUUCAAGUUCGAGUUCGAGUUCAGAUUGUUCUGUUCAAGAAGUUGAUGAAACGAAAUUGCAUUAUUCUGAUAAUGUUGAUGAUAAUGUUGAUGAUGAUGAAGAAGUUGUAGGUGAAGAAGAUGUUGUUAUCAGUGAGAAAUACGAUGAUCAUAAAUCGAAACACAUCGAAAAUAGAGAGAGAAUUGAGGUUGAGAGUGGAGAAAAGAGGAAAAGAGGGAGGCCAAGAAAGAAUACCAACACAUUCGUGUUAGAAUCUCAAUCACCUUCUAAUAAUCGAGUUAAGAAGUCAUCAAAGGAUAAUGAACUACAAAACACUAUCCUUAAUACUAUUUUGCAGGUUGGAAAUGAUGGAUUAGAUGAGAUUUUGUGUAAUGCAAAUAAGAGUUAUCUUCCAUUGAAGUUUGAGUAUGGAGUAACAAAGAUAGUUGAGGUGGAAAAGGAAGAAGAAGAGUUAGAAGUUGAUAGUCUUUUCAAGGAGCUUGAGUUUUCUUACCAAGCUUGCAAAAUUGGUGCUAAUGAUAUUCCUAUGUAUGAUAAUGACGGUGAUAAUGAAGAUGAUCCUACCAAUGAAGCCAUUUCACAAAAGGACCUUUGCGCGAAAGGGAAGCAUUAUCUCAUUCUAGAUGACGAAAUUGGAGUAAUUUGCAAAUUCUGCUCACAUGUAUACCUGGAGAUAAAACAUGUUACACCAGAUUUUAACAAGAACCUUUUUGGAAGAGGAAACAGAAGAGAAUAUGACAGGUUCCUAUAUGAAGAUAAAAUAUCAUGUAACGGAUUUCAGUUUCCCGAUUCUAGCUAUGAUCGCCGAGGUGAUUAUGAUUAUCCUAACCCGUUAGAAGAUGUUCAAGGUACGGUGUGGGACCUCGUUCCUGGUGUUAAGGCUACCUUAUACCCUCACCAACGCGACGGGUUUGAGUUCAUAUGGAAGAACAUAGCAGGAAGUAUCAAAAUUGAUGAACUUGGUAACCCUAGCUCAUACGGUUUAGGUGGGUGUAUCAUCUGCCAUGCUCCUGGAACCGGGAAAACCCGUUUAGCAAUUGUUUUCCUACAAUCUUUCAUGAAGCAAUACAAAAUGGCAAACCCUGUAAUUGUCGCGCCAUGUAGCAUGCUUCGAACAUGGGAAGAAGAGUUCAAAACAUGGAAUGUUGACAUACCUUUCUUCAGCUUAAAUGAUCACGAUCUUUCCGGGAAAGAAGACCCAAAGAUCCUUAACUAUGCAGGGGAUACAAAAGAUAAGAAGACAAUCCGUUCUAUUAAGCUGUUAACUUGGGCUUCGGGGAAGGGCGUUUUGGGGAUUAGCUAUUCGCUUCUACAAAGACUUGCUGGUGAACAGGAGGGUGCAGAUGAGAAAGUCAGGGAAAUUCUGAUCAGAAAACCCGGCAUUUUAGUGUUAGACGAAGGUCAUACACCGAGGAAUGAAAAGAGUAACAUAUGGAAAGUGUUGUCUCAGUUAUCAACAAAGAGAAGAGUGAUUUUAUCAGGAACCCCGUUUCAGAAUAACUUUGAAGAACUCCAUAACAUAAUAUCCUUAGUUAGGGAAGAAGCUGAAGGUCCGGUUUUAUCAGGUUAUUAUGAACAAGAUGAUAGGAGAAUUGCACAGUUGAGGAAAAGGAUUAAACCCUUUGUUCAUGUUCAUAAAGGUGAGAUUUUAAGACAGACUCUCAAAGGACUAUUUCAUUCACUGAUUAUCUUAAAACCAUCUAGUUUACAGAAGCUGUGUUUUGAUCAUUUGGCAAGGGUAAGAUUAAGCUGUUUCUCAUUUGAUAAUUUCGUCUCUUUAACAUCAGUUCAUCCUUCAAUCUUUUGUAACAAAAAUGUCAGAAACCCUAGUUUUAUUGAUGAUGAAUUCAAGGAUUUGCUAAAGAAGCACAAGAUGGACCUUGAUGCAGGGGUGAAAACCCGGUUCUUAGUAGAACUCAUUGAGAUGAGUAAAGGUGAAAGAGUUCUUGUGUUUGGACAAUACAUACCUCCUUUGAUCUUCAUAGGAAAUUUACUAAAAAUAGUUUUUGGUUGGACUAUGGGAAGUGAAUUGCUUUAUAUGCACGGGCAACAAGAUUUGAAGGAGAGGCAAUCAAUGAUAAAGGUUUUUAAUGAUCCUAGAAGUGAAGCUAGGGUUCUUUUGGCUUCGACGAAGGCGUGUUGUGAAGGUAUCCACCUCGUGGGUGCCUCGAGGGUAGUUUUGCUUGACGUUGUUUGGAAUCCUUCAGUUGAAAGGCAAGCUAUAAGCCGAGCUUAUAGGCUCGGACAAAAAAAAGAUGUUUUUGUUUAUCAUUUGAUUACUUCGGGUACUCUUGAAGAAGAUAAGUAUCAGAGACAGGCAAGUAAGGAACGUUUAGGGGAGUUAAUGUUUGCUUCUUCGGAGGAGGAAAGAAUGGAAAAGAAGAGUACUAAGAGGUCAAGGAUUUCAGAGGAUCGUGUGCUUGAAGAAAUGUUACAUAAUGAAAAAAUGAAGGAUUUGUUUGUGAGAAUUAUCUAUCACCCGAAAAAUGAUGAUUUUAUCUGAAGCUUUUAGUAUGAUUUUCUGAAUUCUGAUCAUAAAUAAACCAAAUGUACAUAUAGCUGCUGAAUAGUGAUGUUCUUGGUGAAAUUCUGUGCUCUUUUGGUGGUUUUCCAAUCAGAGUUGCAGAUAAGCUUUUUGCUGUGCUCGGACUGAACCUCGGUCAAGUUGCAGUUUCUAUGGGGGAGUGUGGUGAUUUUUGUUAUUAUGGAUGUUUUUUUGAACCAAGUUUGUUGGAGUAUUUGUAGUCUUGUAAAGUGGUUAGAUUUUUAUGCCAUCUUGUAGAUUCUAAUUCUGGUGCAACUGUUAGGUAAUGUUGAUUCUGGGUUGUAACUUUUUUUUAUUUUUGACAGCUGGGUUGUAACUUGAAUGCCUGUACACUCAUAUCAUACAGAAACAGACAUGAACUCUGCAUUUUGAAUCCACACCCUUUAUUUCUGAUUA